UUAAAACAUUAUUGUCACGCUGACUGGUUGAGAUGAAGACUUAUUAUUCCCUCCUGUUUUUGGUAGCUCAGUUAGCUCUUUCCUUUGGAAAUAAUACCCUUUGUAGACCCGAUCUCUGCAUGAAUAAUGAGGUUCAUGUGGGCUGCUUUCAUUCCUGGGAUCUUGCCCCCAAAUGCGGACAAGGCAAUCUCGUUCUGCAUGUAAACGGCGAGUUGAAGGACGGCAUUCUUGACAGGAUCAACAACUUGCGCAACUUUGUGGCAAGUGGCGUGGGUGAGAAUCCGGUGGCAGCUCGAAUGCCCACGAUGAUCUGGGAUUAUAAUCUGCAGAGAUUGGCUGACAAUCAGGUGCGUCAGUGCGACGAAAAUGGAAAAUACUGCGCCAACACUGAGCGUUAUAACUACGUUGUCACCACUCAAAUCCGGAGCACGAUGACCCGGCACAGUAGUUUGGAGACCCAGAUCCUGGAUAAAUUACUGCCGGAGCUCUUUCUGGAUCUUCUGGGCUGCCAGAUGAACGAAAGUCUUAGAUUUGUUCCCAAGGAAGAAGGAGCCUGCGUUGGCCACUUUGUACCCCUGGUCCAGGAUCGAGGAGCUCGGAUGGGUUGCGCCAUUCGCCUGAAGAGCAGGACCGAAUACAAGUCGAAUGUGAUCCUGCUCUGCCACUUUUCGCGGGCCAGCGUGAAUGGUCUGCAGCCUUUCGAAGUGGGCGUGAUUCCUGGCGAGAAGUGCGUCUCCGGAUCCAGUCAGCUGUACAAGUACCUCUGCAACGAGGCGGAGGCGGUGGAUCCCAACAGUAUGCAGGUGGACACCCCGAAUCCCAGUAUCCAAAAUGAUCUAUCAUCAAAUAGCAGCACAACCACGGAUCUAAAUAUAGCUACCACCCAACCACCCACUGUGCAAAAUGAGACUACUACUGAAUUACCCAUGGUUAAAAAUGAAGCUACCACACAACUACCCACGGAGCCAAAUAAUGUUACUACUCCUGCGGCAAAUGGCUGCCUCGUCGAGAUGUUGGAUCGGUUGCUUCUGCUGCUGCUGAUGCUCCUGGGCCGCCAGCUCCAGGCCUUCGACUACUGCGAUCCGACUUUGUGUCCCGGACCCGAAAGGCACAUAGCCUGCAACAAUUUCGGGGAACUGGGUGAAGGAUGCAGUCCGGAUGCGCAUGUGGUGCGGAUUACAACGGCCCGUCGGACUAUGAUCCUCAAUGAGUUGAAUGAGUACCGCGACAGGAUUGCCCGAGGGGAUCUGAUGGGUUUUAGUCCUGCCACCCGAAUGGCCACUUUGCAAUGGGAUCAGGAGCUGGCCAGUUUUGCUGAGUUGAAUGUGAAGCGGUGUGCUUUGGUCAAUGACCACUGUAGGAACAGUGAGCAGUUCAGGAAUGUGGCUCAAGUGGUGGCCGAAGGGGGUUGGCAGGGGGAUCCCUUACCAGCGAGCAAUCCCAGUGGAAGUUCCCACCCAGAAACAUCAGGACCCGUGGAAUACCACACCGAGGAUGAGGUGAUCAAGGCCACGUUGGAGCAGAUGUUCGCCGAGUACAAGGAGUGCAGCAUGCGGGAUAUCAUUGCCUUCAGUCCUCCCAGCAACAGAAUCCUCCGCUUGCACGUCAGCAAGUGCAUUGCCUACUUCACACAGCUCGUAAGGGACAGCACCACCCACGUGGGCUGCGGCAUCCUGCGGCAGACGAGGAACACCACCAACGAGGCGGGCCAGUGGCUGACCAGUGUCCACCAGUACAUGACCUGCAACUUCGUCCGGGCGGACGAUGUGAAUGCCCCAGUCUACCAGAGUGGAGAUCGACCUGCCACCGAAUGCCGCAGCGGACGCAAUCCGGUCUUCAUCAACCUGUGCUCCGUCAACGAGAUCUACGACUCCUCCAAUCUGCAGGGAUUCUUCUGAAGUGCGAAAAUUGGCAGUUCCACAGAAAAUUACUAAUUCUAAUAAAUUAAUACCAAUUCAACAGAA